AGUUUACGUCAAGAGUUUAAAAUGUGGGUUUACAAGUUUAUUUAUCUGUGCCUGUGGAUUCUUAUUGAAAUUUUUUGUUUCACAGAUGGUUUGCAAGAAAUGUCGUGCUGUUCAGUUGCAGACGGAGAGUGUCGCACCGCUUGUUCCGAGAUAUCAUUGGUUGCCGUUGGAGCUGACUCAGAAGUGCGUGAAAGUGUCAGGACCAGGUUGACAGACUUUUGUUCACAUGACAUGUCGGAAUUCUGGGCCUGUGUAAAUUCCACUUUGAGUGAAGCAGAAAAUAAUGAAAAUUGGGUUGGCAGAGGCUGUUGUCAUUUAGCGCAGUAUCCGCUGUGCCAGUCAUCCUGUGCGUUAGCAGGGUCACGGAUGCAUUUAGAAAAUUCUUGCCGUCCGAGUGAUGAAUUGGAAUUCUAUUCAUGCUUAGAAAGGCGGGAGGAGGGCGAGAGUUGUUGCAGCGAUGUCUCCAAUACGACGUGCCGCUCGGUAUGUCGUGAUUUAUUUCACAAGCCGGGGAAACAAUUCAGCUUAAAAUUGUACAGCAGCAAAGGAUGCUUUACUCAAGUGCCGAAGUGCUUGAAAACUGUCGCCGAGUCAGCGAAUCCAGAAAAUCCUAAGCAGUAUUUGAAUUGCUGUAAGGAGGCCACCACACCCGAUUGUCUGGAUGCUUGUAGAAAAGUACUAUUCAAAUCGUCUUCCAUCCGAGAGAUUUUGGACACACUGGAAGAAAAAUGUCAUCCAGUGAUUCCCCAUUCGCCUCUUUGGAGCUGCAUUCUUCAAACAGCGCCGAUAAAGCCGUCACGGGUUCCUCUAGAUAUUGGAAAACUGACGUGCUGUUCACGAGCUGCGAGUACCAACUGCCAGAACCUUUGCUGGAAGGCUUUUCAAGCAGACUGGGAAGUGUCCUGGUCGCAGAUGGAGACCGAGUGCCUGUCAUCGCCAAAUGAAGCUGAUUUACGUCGCUGCAUUGAAGAUUCCGACGAACCAUGUGAAAUUGGCUGCACCGGAUUGUCUUACUGUACCAAAUUCAAUAACCGCCCAGUCAACCUGUUCCGUUCAUGCUCGAAAUCAGCUGACGACGCAGCACGCUGGGAAGCUGAUCAUUGGGCUCGUGGUGGAGUGAUCCGUGGUUUAGGAGUUCCAGUUCGUGCUGAUCCUUCCUGCCCUUUAGAAUCAUUGCGAGCAGCAGCGUGUGUGCUUCAGUUACGACCCUGCGAGAAUCGGAUCCACGAGACCCAAUUGUGCCGAGAAGACUGCCUAGAACUGAUGGCCAAUUGCGUCGACUGGACGGUGAUAGGUCGGACUCAUACAGCAGCUAGUUUGUGUGCUAAGUUAUCACCAUCCAGGCCUGGAACACCCUGCGUUUCUCUUCGACCUUUCAUGGAGGAAGCUCAAGAUGAAGUUGUUGCUGGAGUUUUGCCUUCUGCUGAUGUUUCCACUCCUUGCAAGCGGAACCCAUGUCCAGAUGACCAAGUUUGCGUGCUUACACCCAAUGACAGCACGUUGUACAAGUGUCUUCCAUCUUGCACUUUGGGGGAAAUGUCACGAUUACUGGUUCCUUUGAACACUUGGGUCCAGAUACCGCGGACUGAUCAGCAAGGGUGUCAUCACGUCUGUCAGUGCACUGCUAAUGGGUUAGAAAAGUGCAAAACUCUCAAUUGCUACAACCCCAAUUCCUGCUGGGUGCAAGACCGCUUCGUGGCUCACAGGACCAACUUCUACUUAGAUUGCAAUCCGUGUCACUGUUUCGAGGGAGAAGUUACUUGCUCACGGAAAACCUGCAGCGAAGUACGCGUUCCGUCACUGCCUUGCGAUUGUCCUGCUCACUAUGUUCCAGUUUGCAGCCGAUUUGGGGUCACCUAUGCAAGCGCCUGCUUGGCCAAAUGCACUGGACUGUCUGCAACAGAGAUCCAAUUUGGAAGCUGUUCUUCCGUAGAUCCGUGCCAACCAAAUCCGUGUAAUCCAAAUGAAAGGUGCUUGCGUAAACCACGGGUUUGUUUAUCACCAAUCCACAAACCAUGUAGACAAUACGAAUGCGUUCCUUUGGAUUGUGAUCUUCGAAAUGCACAAUACGGCCCGGUUUGCGAUCGGGACAAUCGUCAGCACAAUACAUCCUGUGCUUUGAUAAAAGCUAAAGCUGCUCUUGCGUACCAUGGACCCUGUUUACGAGGUUGCAGCCUUCGAGGACCAAUUUGUGCGGUGAAUGGCGAAGUUUAUGCCAGCGAGUGCGCUGCUUGGGCUGAUAGGACUAUCGUUGAUUACGUCGGAGCUUGUGUUGCGGUAGGUGUUGUUGGUGAUCGAAACAUACCCAGAUGUGGCGAUGCGGUAAAAUGUCCAAGACUGAAUCCUUCCAAUUGCAUAGGCGUCACUCCUCCGGGGAGCUGUUGUCCUGUUUGUGGUGGCGCGGCACGCAUAUUUUAUUCUAAGAAACAGCUCGACCGAAUUUACUAUAUGAUGGACGAGGAAGCUGAUAAAGAUGCAGUGACACUGGAAAAACUUUUGCUAGCACUAGGACGACAAAUCCAAGUUGCCCAGUGCACGUUACGCGGCCAUGUUACUCCAGAGAAUGACAUAUUUAUCAUUGUCCAGUCUACAGCAAAAGAACCUUCCAGUUUACAAUUGAGAGCGUGCAUCGCGGAAACUGAAAAGCUAGUUGUCCGAAUUACUGAGCGCAGUUCUAAAGUUGUCGCCGAAGUGCCUCUAGGGUCUCUAACCCGAGCAGAAGUCGCUCAUGGGCACGUUUCCAUGGCAACUGGAGCGAUUUCAUCGCUAUAUGUGACAAUCGUGCUAUUUGCUAUCAUCAAAUUGAUUGCGUAA